ACCUCCUGUCACCAACUGCCCCCUUCCCAAGGUGCUCACUUGCCCCUUCGGCAGCAUCCCCACGGGAGCCCUCCAGGACUGCAGGGACAAGCGAAACACUGCAAUAGAUGUCUGUACUUGGCUAUGUCCAAAAGGAUUACACAACCAACCAACCUAACCUCAGAGCCUGGUGAGCCCACCUGGGUUUUGCCCCCUUUGCCUGACAGCAUGCCCCAGGCUGGCAAACCCUGCUCCCAGGGGACUGUCUGACCAAAAGGUCAGUGUGAGAAUGCGCCAGCUCUGCUUGAGGACCUUGGCUGCACCAUCAGGUUUUUCUCAGGUAACGCUCACAGCAGCAUGAGGAUGGAUGGGCAAAGUCUUUGCCUGUGGGUAAAACUGCCCUGCUGCCGCUGGGCUGGUGGAUUUUAAAGAUUUGAGUGUAAUUCGUCUCCUUCUGCAUGGUGAUAGCUUUGGUUUGUGCAUAAUGCUCACCUAAGUUACUGGUGUUCCUGAAAACCAAAGGACUUCUCGCAGCCCCGAGGUGGGAGCUGCUGUCCCAAAGCCCUGCCCUCUCGGACCCCAAUGUCUCCAAACACCGGGCACACGCAGACGGAGGCAAGCAUCUGCCCAACCCCACAGCAAGCCUGAGAGCAGGGUGUCCCAAAACCAGAGGAUGAGGAUCCCAUGCACAAGGACAGCGGUGGAGAGCAGCUUCGGCAGCUUCCAGACUCCCACUGCAUUUCCCAGUGCCCAGGUGGCAUCGCCAGGACCGUGCCGGGGGACCCGCGGCCCCGAGCGCAGCGUGGCGGAGAUGCCGCCCCCACCCCUCGGUCACGGCUUCCCAACCCCGGGCGGCAGCAAUGCCAGGAUUUCCCGCCUCCAGAUGCGAGGGAAACACCUCUGGGUGAAAGAGUUGGAAUUACAAAGGGAAAUAUAUGCUGGGAAAAGCAAGAAAAGUCCCAAAAGUUAAUCCGAGAGCUAUUUCCUCCCCGUACCUGGAUAAAAACGCAUUCUUCGGAGCUCUCCAGGUCAGACGUUGACAAGACGGGUGAACUCGUGGCAAAGAAGAGGAGAGACAUUGAGGAAACAGGCUUGAGCAGGUCUCCCCAGCAGCAGCAUGAAGGGCUCCCACUUACUCCUCUGCCUCUGCUCCGUGACUUGCUGGUUGAGUCUGAUGCCAGCAGCUGGGAACAAAAUCUUCCACUUCGGACCCUGCAGGAUUUCAAUGAGUGUCACCGAGAUCAGGUCUGGCUUCACUGCAAUUAAAGCAAACAUUCAAGCCCGAGACCCCAUCAGGACCCUGAGCAUCCUGUCGCACCCGCAGUCCCUGCACAAGGUCAAGUCUUCAGAUCGAUGCUGCAUCAUCCAUAACCUCUUCAACUUCUACAUGGACAAAGUCUUCAAGCACUGCCAGACUGAGGACUCAUACAUCAACCGGAAAAUCAGCAGCAUCGCCAACUCCUUCCUCAGCAUCAAGAAGAAACUCGAGCAGUGUCAUAAUCAAAAUAAGUGCUUGUGUGGGCAGGAAUCCACUGAGAAAUUUAAGCAAAUACUCGUGAACUACGAAGGGCUGAAUAUCACAUCUGCAGCAAUUAAAUCCCUGGGGGAGCUGGACAUCCUUCUGGACUGGAUGGAGAAAUCUCGUUAGAGCGGGAGGCCAGAACCGCCCACUAACGAGGCUGCUGGCAGGUUGCAGCCCUUGGUGGUACGCAGGACAACAGCGCCCUGUCCCAGAGCAAUCCCACUGACUGCAGCUGAAGUUGGAUCAAUCUCCUGGUGUUUUGCUACCCAGGUGAACAGGAAAAUGUGUCAGCAGGGUCUUGCAUUUAGAUGGAAAUACAGAGUUUGUUCGAACCAGCUUCUCACCCACAUAUCUGACUUCUAUCAAAAGACACUUUACAAGGGAAAAUUCUGGAUUUCUCUUGCUUGCAGACAUAAGCUAUGAUAAUUUAAUAAAAGUAUUGUUUAAAUUAUAAACUCUUUGUAUGUUCAUGAGCGCCCGGUGUCUCGUAGGAACUGCUCUGACACAGCUGAUGCUACGGACAGUGCCCACAAGCCUGGUUUCAGUCUUUUGAGACUGCUUCUGCUGCUGUGCUCUGGCUGAAAGUAGGUGCAUUGUGUGAGAAAAUAGGUCCUCACAGGUGCUGCAGGCCUAAGAAAUCUGUGUUUUCUUUUCAGAUGGUAUUUUCUGCCUUAUCAGUAGAAAAAAGUUUACCAUGAAAAAAAAAAAAAAAAAGUUUACAAUGUGGUUGCUGAAUAGAAAAAAACUUAUUGUGUGCAUUAUUGUAAUUUACUGACACUCAGUAGCACAUUUUGUGGAAGUCUGAUGCACUUACUGUAAAUAAACCCAAUUUGAAACUGUG